AACGAACAAUAGCUCCGCCCACCCAGCGCCUAUUCGCUGUGAGAGUUAGGAGGCGGACCUUAGAGAGAGACAGGUGAGACUCAGGUGAAGGACAGAGUGAAAGUAAGUCGGGACUCCGCCAUUAGAAGAGGACAGAAAUCCGGAUUCACUCGGGGUCGGUGUCGGCAGUGUUCAGCUGUGUGUGAAUGAAGAAGAGUAAAUGAUGGAUCUUCAGAACUCCAGCAGUGGAGGAGGACCUCCUGUCCUAAAGGAGAAGAGAGCAGCAUCUCCAGCCCCCAGUGGAGUGUCUAUGAAGAGUGACGGGUCCAUGUGGGAACCUCCAGUGUUCAGCAGUGGAGGAGGAAGCUCUGGGUCUCGAACUGAAACCCAGAGAGGAGCUUCUCCAGAACCCAGCUGUGUUUCUAUGAAGAGUGACGCGUCCAUCGGGGAUCGUCCUGAUUUCAGCAGUGAAGAUAUGUCCUCUGACCCACAUAAGAAGAAAAAAAACUUUUCCAGAAAAGAACUGGACCACGUAUUCAAGAAGCUGCAGGAGAAGUUCAUCUCUCUAGUGGAGAACGAGCUGAACACAUUCAAGAAGCUCCUGAGUACAGAUUACCCAGCAUGCUCUGAGGGAGAGGUGGAUGAUGAUCAGAAGGGGGGGGUGCUGAAGGUCACACUGCACAUCCUGAGGAACAUGAAUCAGACAGACCUCGCCAACACACUAGAGAGCAAAUUAGCCCCAGCAUGUCAACGAAAGCUCAAAUCCAAGCUGAGGGAUAAAUAUCAGAGAAUUAAUGAAGGAAUCUCAGGCCAUGUAAAGUCAGCACUUCUAAAUGAGAUAUACACAGAGCUCUACAUCACAGAGGGAGGGGUUGGAGAUGUCAAUCAGGAACAUGAGGUGAAACAGAUUGAAGCUGCAUCCAGGAAAAAAACAACACAGGAAAGACCAAUAAGAUGCAACGACAUCUUUAAACCAUUACCAGAACAGAAACGACCCAUCAGAACUGUACUGACUAAAGGAGUUGCUGGAAUUGGAAAAACAGUCUCUGUUCAGAAGUUCAUUCUGGACUGGGCUGAAGGAAAAGUAAAUCAGGACGUUCUCUUCAUAUUUCCACUUCCUUUUAGAGAGCUGAAUCUGAUGAAGGAGAAGAAGCUCAGUCUGGUGAAUCUUCUUCAGAGCUUUUUCCCAGAAACACAAGAUUUAAAACCAAGACAUUAUAAGGGCUACAAAAUCAUGUUCAUUUUUGAUGGUCUGGAUGAGUGUCAACUGCCUCUGAAUUUCCAGAACAAUAAGAACUUGGUGAAUAUAGAAGAGCAAACCUCAGUGGAUGUCCUGCUGACAAACCUCAUCAAGGGGAAUCUGCUUCCCUCUGCUCUCCUCUGGAUCACCUCUCGACCAGCAGCGGUCAGUCAGAUCCCUACUGAGUGUUUUGAUCAGGUAACAGAAGUGCGGGGUUUCAGUGACCCUCAGAAACAGGAGUACUUCAGUAAGAGGAUCAGUGAUCAGGACCUGUCCAACAAAGUCUUCACACACAUCAGGUCUUCAAGAAGCCUCUACAUCAUGUGCCACAUACCGGUCUUCUGCUGGAUUACAGCCACUGUUUUAGAGAGAAUGCUGAGUGAAGCUGAGAGUGGAGAAAUUCCCAAAACCCUGACGCAGAUGUUCACACACUUCCUGAUCUUUCAGAUCAAACACAAGAGUCAGAAGUACAGUGGGAAAAGUGACCCUGAUCCUCAGCAGACUAGAACAAGUAUCCUGGCUCUGGGGAAACUGGCGUUCCAGCAGCUGGAGAAAGGAAACCUGAUCUUCUAUGAGGAAGAUCUAAGAGAGAGUGGCAUCGAUUUUAGAGAAGUGUCAGUGUACUCAGGAGUGUGUACCCAGAUCUUCAGGGAGGAACAUGAGCUGCACCUGGGGAAGGUCUUCAGCUUUGUACAUCUGAGCGUUCAGGAGUUUCUUGCUGCUUUAUAUGCAUUCAUCUGCUUCAUUGACAGAAGCGUUCUGAAUCAGCAAACCACUAAAAACCAAAACACUGAACUAUCUGAACUCUUCAGCAAGUCAAAGAUGACUGACUUCCUCAGCAGUGCCAUAGACAGAGCCUUACAGAGUGAGAGUGGACACCUGGACCUGUUCCUUCGUUUCCUCCUGGGUCUCUCACUGGAGUCUAACCAGAAUCUGUUACGAGUCGUACUGACGCAGACAGAGAGGAUCUCUCACAGCAAUGAGGAAACCAUCAAAUACAUCAAGAAGCAGAUUGAGAAGAACUCAUCUCCAGAGAAAUCCAUCAAUCUGUUCCACUGUCUGAAUGAACUGAAUGAUCAUUCUCUGGUGCAGCAAGUGCAGAAAUACCUGAGGAGAGGAGGUGACCAUCGUCUUCACCAGGCCAGCCUCUCUCCUGCUCAGUGGUCAGCUCUGGCAUUUGUGUUGGUGAACUCAGAAGAAGAGCUGGAGGAGUUUAACCUCAGUAAAUAUGAUCCAUCAGAGGAGUGUCUUCUGAGGCUGCUGCCAGUAGUUAAAAUAUCCAGAAGAGCUGUACUAACUUCAUGUAAUCUUGGAGUAAGGACAUGUGAAAAUGUGGAAUCAGUUUUAAACCUGGAAAACUCCUCCCUGAAAGAGCUGGACCUCAGUAACAACGACCUGCAGGAUUCAGGAGUGGAGCUGCUCUCUGCUGGACUGAAGAGUUCACAAUGUAAACUGCAGAUUCUCAGAUUAGCUUUGUGUAAUAUAGGAAGAAAGACGUGUGAAAAUCUGGAAUCAGUUUUAAAUCUAGAAUACUCCUCCCUGAAAGAGCUGGACCUCAGUAACAACGACCUGCAGGAUUCAGGAGUGGAGCUGCUCUCUGCUGGACUGAAGAGUUCACAAUGUAAACUGCAGAUUCUCAGACUAGCUUCAUGUAAUCUUGGAGUAAAGACGUGUGAAAAUCUGGAAUCAGUUUUAAACCUGGAAAACUCCUCCCUGAAAGAGCUGGACCUCAGUAACAAUGACCUGCAGGAUUCAGGAGUGGAGCUGCUCUCUGCUGGACUGAAGAGUUCACAAUGUAAACUGCAGAUUCUCAGACUAGCUUCAUGUAAUCUUGGAGUAAAGACGUGUAAAAAUCUGGAAUCAGUUUUAAACGUGGAAAACUCCUCCCUGAAAGAGCUGGACCUCAGUAACAACAACCUGCAGGAUUCAGGAGUGGAGCUGCUCUCUGCUGGACUGAAGAGUUCACACUGUAAACUGCAGAUUCUCAGAUUAGCUUUGUGUAAUAUAGGAAGAAAGACGUGUGAAAAUCUGGAAUCAGUUUUAAACCUAGAAAACUCCUCCCUGAAAGAGCUGGACCUCAGUAACAACGACCUGCAGGAUUCAGGAGCGGAGCUGCUCUCUGCUGGACUGAAGAGUUCACAAUGUAAACUGCAGAUUCUCAGAUUAUCUGGUUGUAUGAUCACAGAUAAAGGCUGUUGUUCUCUGGCUUCAGCUCUAAUUUCAAACCCCUCCCACCUGAAAGAGCUGGAUCUGACCUACAACCACCCAGGGGAGUCAGGAGUGAAGCUGCUUUCUGCCAGACUGGAGGAUCCACACUGCAAACUGGAGAAACUCGGAGUGGAACAUGGAGGGAAGAUCAGAAUCAAACCUGGAUUAAAAAAAUGGUUCUGUGAUUUCACUCUGGAUCUGAACACAGCGCAGUGUGAUCUCUCUCUGAGUGAGGAGAACAGGAGGGUGGAGUGGAGAGCGGAGCUGCAGUCGUAUCCUGAUCAUCCAGAGAGAUUUGAUGAGUGGUGUCCGCAGGUUCUGAGUAGAGAGAGAGUUACUGGUGUUACUGGACGCUGUUACUGGGAGGCUGAGUGGAGCGGAGGAGGAGGAGCUGCUGUAGCUCUGAGUUAUAAAACCAUCAGCAGGAAAGGAGGAGGAUCAGACUGUGUGUUUGGAUGGAAUAUAAACUCCUGGAGUCUGAUCUGCUCUGAUAACAGUUACUCUGUUCUUCACAAUAAUAACAGAACUGAUCUCUCCACUCCUCCCUCCGGCUGUAGGAGAGUAGGAGUGUAUGUGGACUGUCCCUCCGGCACUCUGUCCUUCUACAGAGUCUCCUCUGAUACACACUCACCCUCACACUCACACACACCCUCACACACACACACACACUUACACACAUUCCACACCACCUUCACUCAGCCCCUCUAUGCAGGUUUUACUGUUUAUCCUGGCUCCUCAGUGCGUCUGUGUAAGAUAGAAUAACCCUGUGUGUAACAGAGAUUCGAUGUGUGUGUGUGUGUAGGAGGGAGAAUGUGGGUAUAAAUAUAAGUAAGUAAAUAUUUUAUAUAGAUAAUUUUGUAUUUUUUUCCAGAACCUUUACUUUAAUUACUGUUAUCUUUAUUCACUACUGUUAUCACUUAUUCUGUACGUAUUGAUAAUUAUUGUUUUAUUUUAUUGUAAAAUUGGUUAAUAUUAAU